AGAUGAAGUCCUCAGUACAUUCUGAAGAGGAUGAUUUUGUUCCAGAACUACCCAGAAAUGUUCACCCUCGAGAGCGGCCUGAUUGGGAAGAAACACUUAGUGCAAUGGCUAGAGGAGCAGAUGUUCCUGAGAUUCCUGGAGACCUCAAUCUGAAGACAAGUAACACUACAGCCAGUAUGAAGGUUAAACAUGUGAAAAAGUUACCUUUCACUAAAGGUCACUUUCCGAAGAUGGCUGAAUGUGCACAUUUCCAUUAUGAGAACGUUGAGUUUGGCAGCAUACAGCUUUCACUUUCAGAAGAGCAGAAUGACGUAACGAAAAAUGGCUGUGAAUCUAAAGAGCUGGUCUACCUCGUGCACAUUGCUUGUCAGGGCAAAAGUUGGAUUGUUAAAAGAAGUUAUGAAGAUUUUCGAGUACUUGAUAAACAUCUUCAUCUAUGUAUUUAUGACCGACGAUUCUCCCAGCUCUCAGAGCUUCCCCGUUCUGAUGCCCUGAAGGACACUCCAGAGUCAGUCACUCAGAUGCUUAUGGCUUACCUGUCCCGUCUUUCAGCUAUUGCUGGCAACAAGAUCAACUGUGGACCUGCCCUUACUUGGAUGGAGAUUGAUAAUAAGGGAAACCACCUUCUAGUACAUGAAGAAUCAUCUAUUAACACUCCUGCUGUUGGUGCUGCCCACGUUAUCAAGAGGUACACUGCUCGGGCCCCUGAUGAAUUGACCUUAGAGGUGGGUGACAUUGUUUCUGUCAUUGACAUGCCCCCCAAAGUGUUAAGCACAUGGUGGAGAGGCAAGCAUGGAUUUCAGGUGGGACUCUUCCCUGGACACUGUGUUGAGUUAAUUAAUCAGAAAAUUCCCCAGUCAGUGACCAACUCAGUGCCAAAACCAGUGUCUAAAAAACACGGCAAGCUCAUUACUUUCUUACGCACAUUCAUGAAGUCUCGUCCAACAAAACAGAAGUUGAAGCAGCGGGGGAUCUUGAAAGAGAGGGUGUUUGGUUGUGACCUGGGGGAGCACCUUCUCAAUUCUGGUUUUGAAGUACCCCAGGUUCUUCAAAGCUGUACAGCAUUCAUUGAGAGGUAUGGCAUUGUGGAUGGAAUAUAUCGUCUCUCUGGCGUUGCCUCCAAUAUCCAGAGACUACGCCAUGAAUUUGACUCUGAACAUGUCCCCGACCUGACAAAAGAACCUUAUGUUCAAGACAUACAUUCCGUGGGCUCCCUUUGUAAGCUGUAUUUCCGCGAGCUCCCAAACCCUCUGCUCACCUACCAGCUGUAUGAGAAAUUUUCGGAUGCUGUUUCAGCAGCAACAGAUGAAGAAAGGCUGAUAAAAAUUCAUGAUGUCAUCCAACAACUACCCCCUCCGCACUACAGAACACUGGAGUUCCUAAUGAGACACUUGUCUCUUCUAGCUGACUAUUGUUCCAUCACAAACAUGCAUGCAAAAAACCUAGCAAUUGUUUGGGCUCCAAACCUGCUCAGAUCAAAACAGAUAGAAUCUGCCUGCUUCAGUGGAACAGCGGCUUUCAUGGAAGUGCGAAUCCAGUCAGUGGUUGUUGAAUUCAUCCUCAAUCAUGUAGAUGUCCUCUUUAGUGGGAAAAUCAGUGCAGUCAUUCAGGAGGGGGCAGCUUCUCUAUCAAGACCCAAGUCCCUGCUGGUUUCCUCUCCAUCUGCCAAGCUGCUGACAUUGGAGGAAGCCCAGGCACGAACACAAGCUCAGGUCACUUCUCCAAUUGUGACUGAAAAUAAAUAUAUUGAAGUAGGAGAAGGACCUGCUGCACUUCAAGGAAAAUUUCAUACCAUCAUCGAGUUCCCACUUGAAAGGAGGAGACCUCAAAAUAAAAUGAAAAAAUCUCCCGUGGGCAGCUGGCGUUCUUUUUUCAACUUGGGAAAAUCAUCAUCGGUUUCUAAACGGAAGUUGCAACGUAAUGAGAGUGAGCCUUCAGAGAUGAAAGCCGUGGCCCUGAAAGGUGGCAGGGCAGAAGGAACCCUUCGUUCAGCUAAAAGUGAAGAGUCUCUUACUUCUCUCCAUGCAGUUGAUGGUGACUCCAAGCUGUUCCGACCCAGAAGACCCAGAUCUAGCAGUGAUGCACUGAGUGCCUCUUUUAAUGGAGAAAUGCUGGGGAACCGCUGUAAUUCCUAUGACAAUCUGCCCCACGACAAUGAAAGUGAGGAGGAAGUGGGGCUGCUCCAUAUUCCAGCUCUGGUGUCUCCUCAUUCAGCUGAGGAUGUUGAUUUGAGCCCACCGGACAUUGGAGUAGCCAGCCUGGAUUUUGAUCCAAUGUCAUUUCAAUGCAGUCCUCCUAAGGCUGACACAGAAUGUCUGGAAAGUGGUGCUUCCUUUUUAGAUUCCUUAGGGUACUCCAAGGAUAAAUCAAGCAUCAAUAAAAAGGAUAUGGAAGCAGGUGGUAGCCAGUCUCAGACUCCCGGAAGCACUGCAAGUUCUGAACCCGUCUCUCCGCUUCAGGAGAAACUGAGCCCAUUCUUUACCCUGGACUUGAGCCCAAGUGAAGAGAAAUCGUCUAAGCCAUCGUCAUUUACUGAAAAGGUUGUCUAUGCUUUCUCUCCAAAGCUUGGACGGAAAUUAAGUAAAUCACCUUCCAUGAACAUAUCUGAGCCAAUUUCAGUGACCCUUCCUUCUCGGGUAUCAGAAGUCAUUCCUACAGUCUCAACGACAGCAGCCCAGACUGCAUCUUCUCCCGCCUGGAACAGAAGCGGUGACGAAAGUGCUGUCAUAAAUAGAUCCCCCACCCAGGUAGGAAAGGUGAAAACAAAUGAGAGAGAGGCCCGAGAAGGAUGCGAGUCUGAAGCCCAGCCCCUGGACCAGGUGGCUGCUGCAGAAGUAGAAUCACCAAGAAAGGAGGAGCAGUCCAUCUCAAGCAGUCAGAGUAAGGCCGUACCUUCUGGACAGACUCAGACAGGAGCAGUUAUCCAUGACCCCCCUCAAGAUUCCGUUCCUGUCAGUUCAGUCUCUCUUAUCCCACCACCACCGCCUCCGAAAAAUGUUGCCCGCCUGUUGGCGCUAGCGUUAGCUGAGUCUGCACAACAAGCCUCAACUCAGUCCUUGAAGAGACCAGGGACUUCCCAGGCUGCUUAUACAAAUUAUGGAGAUGUAGCAGUGGCUGCAACUGAAGAUAAGCUGCCUAGUUCUUACUCCCAUGUUACUCAAGAUAAAGCCUGCUUUCCACCUGACAGGCCUGCAGAGCCAUUCCACCUCCAGAACAGUGCAUCUGGGAGCUGUGACCAGCUCAUGCCAGACACAGCAGCUCCUGGGGAUCGCACACAUUCCAGUGCAACUGAAUCUGGGGAUCAGCUCCACCAGGCAGACUUCCUGGGGAGUCAGCCCCAUCAAACCUAUUCAUCUGGGGACCCAGAAAAGGCCAGAAUCACUUCCAUUCCCUUAAUAGACUCUAAGUCUGACGAUCACAUAAGUUUCCCUGAAGACCAGUCGAGGAAGACUGUCGUGCCGACUGUCUCUUUUGCAGAUCAGGACCAGUCUCAGCUUCAUUUCUUCAGCGGAGAUCAACCCCCUUCUUAUCUUGGUGCAAGUGCGGAUAAGCCCCAUCCCCCCUCAGAGCUUGCAGACAAAUCUAUACCAUCUAAUUUGCCUAGGGACAAAAUCUACCCUCCUUCUGGGUCCCCUGAAGAGAAUAGCAGCACAGCCACCAUGGCUUACGUGACAACUGCUCCAGCAACAGCUGAAAUGAGCACCAGGGAAGCCAGCUGGGAUAUGGGUGAACAACGCACCGCAGCUGAUUUUGCUGCCGCCACCCUUCAGCGUCCUCAUAGAACUAAUCGCCCGCUUCCCCCACCUCCUUCCCAGAGAUCAGCAGAGCAGUUACCAGUGGUGGGGCAGGUACAAGCAGCCACCAAUAUAGGAUUAAAUAAUUCCCACAAGGUUCAAGGAGUAGUUCCAGUUCCAGAGAGGCCACCUGAACCCAGAGCCAUGGAUGACCUGGCUCCUGUCCUUGUGAGCGAUGGCGGUGCAGCUGCUCAGUGUCCUGUCUCUACUCCUGCUCUCCAGCCAGGCCUCCCUGAAAAGAUGUGGGAAGGUGCCAGGGCCCCACUGCUACACCUGCGUGCUGAGUCUGUCCCAGUGCACACUUCCUGUGGCUUUCCUGCACCAGUCCCCCCUGCCAGGACAAUGGAGGGUAAAGUUGCUGCUGCCAUACACUCCAGCACUGCAGAUGCGACCAGCAGUUCCAGUUAUCAUCCCUUUGUCACUGCUUCUUCAGCCUCCAUGGAUGAUAUUUUGCCUUUACCACUUCCUGUCCCACAACCUAAGCAUGCGUCUCAGAAAACUACUUAUUCCACGUUCGCUAGGCCUGAUGUCACCACUGAACACUUUGGUCCAGAAAACUGUUUGCAUUUCAAUAUGACUCCAAACUGCCAGUUCCGUCCCCAGAGUGUACCUCCACAUCACAAUAAAUUGGAGCAACACCAAGUGUAUGGUUCCAGAUCAGAGCCACCAGCCUCCGUGGGUCCUCGAUAUAACACGUAUGUGGCCCCGGGAAGAAAUGUGUCUGGACACCAUGCCAAGCCGUGCAGCCGGGUUGAGUAUGUAUCUUCUCUGAGCUCGUCCAUGAGAAGUGGUUGUUACCCCGAAGAUAUUCCACCAUAUCCUACCAUCCGGAGAGUCCAGUCUCUCCAUGCCCCACCAUCUGCCAUGAUUCGCUCUGUUCCCAUUUCACGGACAGAAGUUCCCCCAGAUGAUGAACCAGCCUACUGCUCAAGACCCCUGUAUCAGUAUAAGCCAUAUCAGUCCUCCCAGGCCCGCUCAGAUUAUCAUGUAACUCAGCUUCAGCCUUACUUUGAGAAUGGUCGGGUCCACUAUCGGUAUAGCCCAUAUUCCAGUUCUUCUAGUUCCUAUUACGGACCCGACGGAGCCCUCUGCGAUGUGGAUGCCUAUAGCACCGUACAGCUGAGGCCCCUUCACCGGUUACCCAAUCGUGACUUUGCUUUCUACAAUCCUCGGCUGCAAGGGAAGAACUUGUACAGUUAUGCUGGUUUGCCUCCACGUCCCCGGGCCACCGUGACUGGCUAUUUCUCUGGUAAUGACCAUAAUGUAGUGAACAUUCCUCCAACUGCUGAUGUAAAGCACACUUACACCUCAUGGGAUUUUGAAGACAUGGAAAAAUAUCGUAUGCAGUCCAUCCGGAGAGAGAGCCGGGCUCGGCAGAAGGUGAAAGGGCCUGUCAUGUCCCAGUAUGAUAAUAUGACCCCGGCUAUGCAGGACGACCUGGGUGGGAUCUAUGUCAUCCAUCUACGCAGUAAAUCAGAUCCUGGGAAAACUGGACUUCUCUCAGUGGCAGAGGGAAAGGAGGGGCGGCAUCCAGCCAAGGCCAUCAGUCCUGAGGGAGAUGACCGCUUCUAUCGGAAGCAUCCAGAGCCAGAGUUCGAUAGAGCCCAUCACCAUGGAGGACAUGGCAAUGGACAGUCAGAGAAACCAUCCCUCCCGCAGAAGCAGAGCAGUCUCAGGAACAGGAAGCUCCAUGACAUGGGUUGUAGUCUACCUGAGCACAGGGCACAUCAGGAAGCAAGCCAUAGGCAACUGUGUGAAUCAAAAAAUGGGCCACCUUACCCCCAGGGAGCCAGCCAGUUAGAUUUUGGGUCCAAAGGGAUCCCAGAUGCUUCUGAGCCCAUCAGCUACCAUAACUCUGGAGGGAAGUAUAUUACACCAGGGCAGGAAUCUUUAAGACUGAACCACAAAGAGGCAAGGCUCUCCAAAGAGCUGGAGAGAUCUCGGGCUUGGCAGCCUCCUGCCCCAGAAAAACACUCCAGAGACUGCUACAAGGAGGAGGAACACUUCAGUCAGUCCACAGUCCCACCCCCUAAACCGGAGAGGAGUCAUAGCCUGAAGCUCCAUCAUACCCAGAACAUGGAGAGGGACCCUGGUGUGCUGUUCCAAUACCAAGCACAUGGCAAGCGCCAGAGCAGCAUGACUGCUGUGUCCCAGUAUGACAACCUAGAGGGCUACCACUCCCCACCCCAGCACCAGAGAGGAGGCUUUGGAGGAGGAGCAAUGGGGGCGUAUAUGCCCUCUGGCUUUCCCCACCCGCAGAAUAGGACAUACGCUACAGCUCUGGGUCAGGGGGCCUUCCUGCCCACAGAGCUAUCCUUGCAGCAUCCUGAAACACAGAUCCAUGCAGAAUGAGCCCUGCGAGCAAUAGAGUUGAAGCAGCCUCUGCUGGACAGUGGACUGUUCUAUUUUUUUCAGUAACCAAAAAGAUUACAAAAAGAAAAAGGAAAAAAAGCUACAAAUCCCCCGACCACAUUAAAAAAAAAUAAGAAGAAGAAAAAUAAGUCACCAUCUUUUUUCCCUUCCUGUCUUAUUACCACCUCUUCCAACUAUAAACUGUCAUUUUUGUCAUUAAAAGAGAUCUGAAUGAUUAUAAAGCACUGUGCUGAAAACCUAGUAAAGAAAUUUGUCACAGAGCAUACUUGCCAUAUAGAGCUAAUUUGUAAGAGCCUGAGGACUGCCUUUACCUGAAUUUGAAUUUGACUUUGUCCUUCUUAGUAUUUGCUGUAUAGUUCAGAGCAGUUUAUAUCUUUUUCUUGGGAGGCUUUUGCGUUUUCUGUUGCAUUCCUACUGACUUUUUCAAUACCUAUGACACUUGCCCAGACUGACACUCAGUUUUUCUCACGUCAUUCUCCUUGUCUUAGAAGGGUCUGUGUGUUAAAUUAUAAAUUAGGUCUGAGAAAAACUUCUCCCUGAUCCUUCAGAUAAGUCUAUGGGACAUUUAGCAAAUUAUAACUAAAAAAUGAGGGAAUUAAGACUAAGAAUUUUAUAAGGGGUCAUCAUAAAAUGUCAGACCACUUAUACCCCGGCUGAGCCAUGGUCUUCACAUUCUUAUUUUUCUUAGCUGUUUCUCACGGUUCAGUGAACAGGCUCGCAUCACUGUGGAAAGGAUUGUUAAAAGUUAGAAUUACAGGCAUUUCUCAGGUGGAAGUUAGUGAACACUCUUAGCACCAGAAAACCGUAUCAACGCUUCUAAUGUGUUGCCUGCUUUCAGCUAUUUCUUUCCUAAAUAAUAUUUGGUAAAUUGUAAUCCUAGUAAAAACAUUUCAUACCGUGUGUUCUACUAAAGCAAAGUUUUUCAUUUUAAAAACCCCAGCAUGGUGUGACUGGAUAAACACACAUAAUUUAUCAUGAUUACAAACCUACAUGUUAAUUUCUGUUUUUAAACCAGAGCACAGGUUUCUUGGGAAUUCUUAAAGUAGCUACCUGUUAGUAAAACUGAAAUUUCCUGCAAUAACCGCUUAGGACACAGCCCCAUUUCACCCGUUGGAAUUCCGCACGGUUACCAUUUCCGUCCUGAGGACUCAGCGUGCUGUUUGUUCACUCUACGUCUGCAAUCGCAGUCUACUGUAAUUGCCAUCUACACCAGCAGUUCAAGUAUAUAGUUCGUAUAACUCUGUAGACAUGUUAAACAUGUUCAGUACCCAGGACUUUCCUUUGAAAGUUGCAUUCCUGAUUAGAGUUGGAGCAGAUGCCUCUAGCCUAAUCCAUUCCAUUUUCUCAACUCACCCCAUAACAUAUAUGCCAGACUAGCAAGGCAGUCCUUUAUCUACAAAACGAGUUUAGACUGUCAUUUCAUUCCAUAACUCUUAAUAAUACUUGAUUUUUAUACAUGCACAUGUUUUAAAUGCUCAGUUUGUAGAAGACCCUAGGAGAAUUUCAUUCCAUUUACUGGAUGGUCGCUGCUCUGGUUUUUUAAAACUUGGAAUUAACUUCUAUUUAGAGCAAAGGAAGAAAUCUUUUAAGAGGCUAAAUUUAUGCUGCUAUUAUUGCUGUGAAAUUGUAUAAAGAUUAGGAGUCAUGCCAGUUUUUUUAUUUUAAAAAAAAGUGAUUGCAUUUUAAGGGUUUAUAUUUAGGAAAAGAAAGUUUUAAGAACAACACAUGUAUUUAUAUGUGGAAAUACUCUAUAAGGUCUUUUGUUGUUGUUGUUCCCCCAGAAUUGAUCAGAGGGGGUCAAUAAACAUCAUGGUAGAAAUCUAAAAUACCUAUAUGUGAAAAGGUCUGUGGAAAUUUAGGCCUCUCCAUUAAAAGUGCAGACCCUACUAGCAUAUGUUCGCAAUGUUGGGAAACGAGGUAGGAAUCCUCCACUUAGCACACAAACAUCAGGUGCUGUUCGCAGGAGUUUGGUCUUCGGUGAAUACACAGCACUAAUUUUUUUUACCUUAACCAUCUUUUUCUCAAGUAGGCAACUCAUGGCCCCUUUGGGAUCACACAAGCCCUGUAAGUUCUCACCAGCAGCAUGGUGAUUACAAAGAGGAGCUGGUGUGACAAGGACGUACAGAUGGCUUUAGUAACAGAUUUUUUUCUCAAUGGUAUUUGGUAACUAGUAAUUCUAGUAAAACAUUUCACACUGUUCUAAAGCAGCUUUUUUUUUUUUUUUAAUUAAAAAGAAACAGAAGGAUGUGGCUGAAGAAGUCCUGUCCAAUUUUAAUAUUUGUGGAUUUGUUGUCACACACAUUGUUUACUCCUGAAAUUGAAGUCUAUUUUAUAAAUACUAAGGUUAAUUCCUCAAAGCAAUCACUUUAUUAAUAUCCUAUGGGCUUAGAAAUAUCAGGUACGUAUUUUGAAUACAGAAUAGGGACUCAAAUUUCUGGUAUAAGUGUGAAACACAAACUUUCAGCAAAAUCUAGAGUUGUUUCACUUAAUGUAUGUAGAUACAGCCUUAACUUUGGAUUCAGUUAUUUGAAGGACUUUGCCUGUAUCUUUCCCUUUCUAAUCUUGUAGGGUAGAAAUUGGAUGGCAAAUCACUGUGAGCCAGGUUACCUCAGCAUAGUUCACCUUGUGUGUGACUUCACAGAUAGGUUAAUUAAAUGUUACUAUUUCAAAUUCUGACAUGGAGCAUUAUGAUCAAGGAAAUGGAGCUGCCUUAUGCAUUAAACCCAUAAUUUUAUUAGUAUUUUCAUAUUCAUGUCUCCAGAUCUCAUCUUUUUGGCAAAAUUCUGAUGCCAUAGUUUGAUUGAAAUAAAUAUUCCCUGGAUGUCUGGCCAGAGACUUUGCUAACAGCCCCAGAGGUUUCAUUUUCUUUUUUUUUUUUUUUACUAAAUUUCAUCUGAGCCUUAUUGCUUACUGUAUUCAGUUUUCUUUUAAACAUGCAAUCCCUGGGAUGGUCCCAAGGAUAGGGCCUGAACAUUUUUAUAAUGGCAAAGCAUUUUUUAGAAGUUAGGGUCAGGUUGAAAAAUUCUAGAACUAAUUCUGUAAAGAAGCGGAACCAUUAAUGUAAGUGGGGAUAGAGAGUAGGUUAACACAUUUGAAGCAGCAAUAGAUGCAUACAAUGUAAAUUUGCAAUUUGCCCCUUUAGUUAAGGAGCUGGCAAAGUUCAUAUGUCUGUUCCCCGCCCUGUCAGUCACGCCACCCCCGCCCCCCCACCACCCUCCGCAAAUGUGUUGGAAAAGAAUCUUCUAAGCAGUGUGUGAAGGAAAUGAUAAUGAAAGCAAGAGUAUAUCAGAAAGUUACUUCCAAAUGGUUAGAGCAUGUGAUUUUCAGUACUGUGUGUUACGGAAAUGUCAGGAAUGGUAUAUUUUAACUGUGUGCAAGAUAAUGUCAGUGUGCACAGAGGGUCUUUUUUCCUUUUCUGAUUAGUACUGUUAGUGUUCAAAGAAUAAAAAUGUUUUACAGUUUAGAUUCUAAGGUAGCAAAAUCUGAAUUUUCAACCAUGACCUGCAUGAGAGAAGCAUCCUAGGAAGUCUUAGAUCAUACUUUUUGAGUUCUUAAUUUUAAUUUAUAUAGUGGUUUUUUAUGUUUUAAUAUUUUUGUGAACUGGUGUAAAUUGUUAAUGCAUAUAAGCUUGUGUAUUUUUGUAAAUAGUUUUGUGAUUUAUUUCUUGACCCAUAUGUAAAUAUUUAGAGUCUCAUUUCUUCAAAACUUAUUUGAAGCUGAGUGUGGGUUUGGGGGUUUUGUUUGUUUCUUUGUUUUGGCUGGGGGUGGGGGAAGAGAAGAGAUUUUGUACUCUGAUAAUCCAGAUGGAGAACCCUGUGGUUUAAAGCAAAUGUCCCACUGAAAGCAAUUCAAAUAUCAACAAAAUUAUUUCAGGUUAAAACAGA